AUGUCGACCAAGCCUACUGCAACAAAGCCAUCACCAAGCGGCAAGCAGAGCACAAUUGACAAAGCAGGAGCGAAUAAGCUGGUAGACGCCGUUGCAGCAGUCCAGAAGACAGACAGCGUGACAGAUGCUAAGGACGACGCAGUGGCGAGCAAGAAGCAAGCUAUGGACGAUGCCGUGAAUAGGUUUCAAGAGAUCUCAAAGAAGCUUGGUGGUGCAUCACAAGCGCAGGCGUUCUUCGCGACGUACGGCACAGACGGCUUCAAGCCAGAAAAGCCAGAAGCUGAGGAGAAACCUGAGGCUAUCGUGCCGAAGGAGAUCACCCUCGACUCCGAGAUCAAGGACCGUGAAGGCAAAGGACUUGGUCUUCCCACUCGUCCAGAUGGCUUUGGAGCAUCGUACAUCAAAGAAGAUCCGUGGGCAGUUGAAGAGAUUAACGCAGCUGAAAUUGCCACUCAACUGGAUGAAGAGCAAUGGAGUGGCGUUCUCGACACGACGAAAAUGCUUCACGGCUUUGUCAUUAGCAAUGCUCCUGGUAUGGCGGGCACGUUGUCCCGAGCGAGAUUUGCAGCCUUCGCUCUAAAGCCCUUGCCAGGCAAAGCACUGUCAGAGGCUAUCACAUCGAAGCCGCAUUUCGAAGUUUUCGACAAUUCUUCCAUCACAGUGAAGGAAACCAAGACCCAACUCGAGAAAUCGAUGGCACAGAAUGGUUUCUCUUCGAGCGCAAUCGAAGCAUCUGUUGGUGCAUCGACUCCGACCAUUGGAGCUUCCGUCUCUGCUUCGCAUAAGCAGGAAAGUGAGCAGGGCAAGAACCGCGGAGAUUUUGCAGACUGCCAGGAAUACACUGCCACCUACAACUUUCCGCGUGCUCGAGUCUUUCUUGACGAGCUGAAUUUGCAAAUCACCCCAGAAUGCGCGACCUUUCUCUUGCGGUUGCGAGAGGCCAACAGAAAGAUACACAUGAACAUCGAGAACGGUGAGAAGCCUGACAAGGACAAUGCGAUUGAGAAAGCCAACGCGUUGGUACGGCUGUUCUUUCAACGCUUCGGACACAUAUUUGCAACGUCAUUCCAGCUUGGAGGACAGCUGACCGCUACCAAAUCUGCAGAGUCGAUCGCCUCGACCUCUGAAACUUCCAAACGAGACGCCAUGCAACAAGCCGCUGCAGUCAGCGUCGGUUUCAAGGUUUUCUCGGCCUCCACGAGCGUCAGCAGAGGCUCGUCUCAGGAAGAAAAGAGCGCUGCUUCGGCACUCGCAAACGACUCUGCUCUUGCUUGGUCGGCAAGAGGCGGCAAUACGUUGUUAUGCGCAAACCCACCAGAAUGGGCCAACUCAGUGGCGAACCACGAGACUUGGCGUGUCAUCGAACAGGAGAACAUCGAGGUCAUAUUUGAUUUGAUCGGCAAGCUUACCCGCGUGAACGAUGAUACGCUGGCCGAAUGGGCAGAUAUACCUACCAUCUUCAACGAUAAAGCACAGAGGGAGUUCCAAGUGCAGCCUGAUAUCCCGCCAGGAACUUGGACCGGCAAGAUGUCAUUGGAGACGUUAGAUGGCAGAAAGAUUGUGCUUGACAAAGAUGGCCAGCUACGCUUGUCCUCAGAGGCCAACGCUACCGCGGCGGUGCUCACUGUACUUGAUGCAGAUAUGAAGCGAUCGGCCGAAGUCACUCCAGCAAUGGCACAGCUUUACGCCGAUCAUCCCCUCUUCCUUGUGACGGGCAAGACUCCUGCUCGCAAGACCGAGCUAGGCUCCCAGAUCCCUGGUCUUUGGGUCGACACAUCCUCUGGCAAUGCCGACGGCAGCAUCAAGUCAGAAUCCAACUCCGGCAGGAAGAUCUGCCGAUGGUCUCUGCGACCCGGUACCCCAACUUUCGGACAGGCUCUCACUCCCAAUGUCGGCUUCAAAAUCUCCGACGGAGACCAGGUUACAUUGUCCUGCCACUCGUACCACUCCGGAGGCACAUUUACCGACACCACCGUACCGCCCUUCUUCUCACCUUGUGUAGUCCGUAAGGACAACGAGCUCAAAGUCUUCAAACUCGACGAAGCCUUCCUCCGCCAACUCAUGCCGCGGGAACAGAGUGAGAGCCUUGCGAGUCUCGGCUUCCUGCGCAGUGGCACCAACGACGUGCCCCUCCAGGGUCUGCUGGAACUAAGCGAUGUAGGGCGAUUGACUGGUAGCGGCGUAUUGCAGUUGGACUUUUAUCGAAAAUUCCUCGCUACCAAGGACGUUUUAAACAAUCUGACGGAGGACCUCAAGACAAUCAUUACACCUGUAGGGUCCGAUGAGUGGUUCGUGAGCGACCCAGCCCGCUAUAUGAGAAUCAUAACGGAGAAGCCGAUCACAGCUCAGACCAGGAUUGUGGAUUUGUGGGCAUUCUUGGUCGAGCGGGAAGUGAGGACGUAUGGCGAGAAGUGGGCGAAGGAGACUGGCUUUUCGACUGAUCCGGUCGUGUUCAAGGUGAAGUUUGUGAGCUAG